AUGGCGAAUAAAGUGACAAGAGAUUACACUAAGGACAAAGAACAACUGAAGACUUUCUUCUUGGAGUUCGUGGCAGGAGACGAUAAAACGGGAAACAAAGUUUUUAAAUAUAGGCAGCAGCUUACCAAGAUUGCGCAUCGAGAGCAGAUCAGUUUUGAGAUUGAUUUGGAUGACGUGCAAUCAUUUGAUGAAGACAUAGCCACAUCUGUCGCAAAUAAUACACGGAGAUAUACUAAUAUAGUCUUGGACUUGGUACAAGAGAUGCUGCCAGAUUUCAAAGAGAGAGCUGUUUUACCGAAAGACUCCUUGGAUAUUUACAUGGAACAUCGAUCAAUGAUGCAAGCUCGCAAUAGGCAGCAAAACGAAGCCCAGGAUACCAGGAUUAAAUAUGCUCCUGAAUUAAUGCGUCGUUUUGAAGUGUAUUUCAAAGAUUUUUCUGAUACCAAGGCGUAUUCAGUGAGAGAUAUUAAAGCAGACAAAAUUGGGAAAUUAGUGACGGUCAGAGGUAUCAUUACGAAAACUACCGAAGUAAAGCCGAUGAUCGUCGUGGCUACUUAUACAUGCGAUGAAUGUGGUUCCGAAGUGAGCCAGCCUGUACACUCUUUAAGCUUUAUGCCACUGAGAACGUGCCCGAGCGAUGGCUGCCGCGUCAACAAGUCUGGCGGCAGAUUGUACCUGCAGACGAAGGGUUCGAAAUUCAUCAAAUUUCAGGAAAUAAAAUUGCAGGAGCACAGCGAACAAGUCCCGGUUGGCCACAUUCCGCGAACUUUAACCAUCUUCUGUCGCGGCGAAACAACGAGAAACUGUCUGCCUGGCGAUCAUGUGAUCGUAACCGGUGUGUUCUUGCCCUUCCUGAAGUCCGGUUUCAGCGGCAAGUCAGGACCCGCACUAGCCAGCGAAACUUACCUGGAUGCGCAUAAAGUGGUAUGCCUCAAUAACGUGGAUACGGUGGAUGACAGCAAUGCCGAGUUGACGGAUGAAGAAUUGAGCUUCCUGAUGCAGGAUGAUUUCUACAAUAAACUGGCUUGUUCUCUGGCUCCUGAAAUUUACGGACUUGAAGAUGUGAAAAAGGCGCUGCUGCUGCUCCUCGUUGGUGGAACGGACAAGAAGAAAGGCGACAUUAAAAUUCGAGGCAACAUUAAUAUCUGCUUGAUGGGAGAUCCUGGUGUGGCAAAGUCGCAACUGCUGUCUUAUAUAACACGACUGGCCCCAAGAUCGCAGUAUACCACGGGACGAGGAUCGUCCGGUGUUGGUUUGACCGCUGCUAUAAUGAAGGAUCCUUUAACCGGCCAAAUGGUGCUGGAGGGUGGAGCUUUGGUACUGGCCGAUCAGGGAGUAUGCUGCAUCGAUGAGUUCGAUAAAAUGGCAGACGCGGACAGAACGGCGAUUCACGAGGUGAUGGAGCAGCAGACCAUAUCUAUCGCCAAAGCCGGUAUAAUGGCCCGGUUGAACGCCAGAGUUUCCAUACUGGCUGCUGCCAAUCCAGCGUACGGCAGAUACAAUCCACAGAGGACGGUCGAGCAGAACAUCCAGUUGCCCGCCGCACUGCUCUCGCGAUUUGACCUGUUGUGGCUCAUCCAGGAUCGCGCGGAUCGAAGUAAUGAUCUGAAACUGGCACAGCAUAUCACCUACGUGCAUCAACAUUGCUCGCAACCCCCAACAGAGACGGAAGCUAUAGACAUGAAGUUAAUACGAAAAUACAUAAAGCUGUGUAAAACCAAGCAGCCCGUUGUCUCGGAGGAAUUAACAGAAUAUAUUGUGGAUUCUUAUGUGGAGAUGCGAAAGGAGGCGCGCAACAGCCACGACAAAACGUUUACAUCCGCUCGUAAUCUGUUGGCUAUUCUUCGAUUGGCAACAGCGUUGGCGAGGCUGCGACUGUCAAGCGUGGUCGACAAGGAUGACAUAGCGGAAGCGAACAGAUUGGUAGAGAUGUCCAAGCAUUCGAUCAAUUAUUCGGAGCAACGUACAAAUAAUGCGCCACAGAAUCCGACCAACAGGAUUUUCCAUCUGAUACGCGAACUCGCGGGCAAUAAGAAGACUGUCAAAGUGUCGGAUAUCCUGGAACGGUGCACGAGUAAAGGAUUUAAGCCCGAUCCCGUGUACAAGUGCAUCGAGGAGUACGAAGCGUUGAACGUGUGGCAGGUCAAUCAGACCAGAAGAUUAAUCACAUUCAUAUAAUCUUUUUGAAAGAACCACCGAAAGCAAAGUGCCUGCGAAUUUAUAUUCUUUGUACUUGGAAAGACGUUCCGCUUUGUGAAAAUAAAGAUUUACAUUUUUGUAUUUAAAAUUAUACGUUACGCGACUUUCCCACUUAUAACCAUAAGAAUAUUUUAACUACGAAUAAAAACCAAUUUUUAUAUUUA